AUGAAAGGUCCAAGUGGAUGUGGUAAAUCCACAGUAAUUCAAUUGCUCGAACGGUUUUAUGAUUGCAAUCAAGGAUGUGUGUCACUUGACGGCCAUGAUAUACGAACAUUGAGUUUGUCUUGGUUACGCUCACAAAUUGGCCUUGUAAGUCAAGAACCUGCUCUUGUAUGCGAUCUCACUGUGGCAGAAAACAUCGCCUAUGGUCAAGCAUCCAAUGAAUUUACUUAUGAAGAUAUUGUUCGUGCUGCAAAACGAGCACAUUGUCAUGAUUUCAUCCAGACUUUACCUCAAGGUUACAAUACAUCGGUUGGGUAUAAUGGAGUGUUCUAUUUAUCUGGUGGUCAAAAACAACGCAUUGCCAUUGCUCGAGCUCUUUUUCGUAAUCCCAAAAUUUUGUUACUGGACGAAGCAACAAGUGCACUCGACGUGCAAAAUGAACAGGUAUGCGAAUUUAAGUUAUCUAAUUUUUCAAGUAUGGAAACAGAUUAA